CUACCUACUACUGUUAUAAUGUAGACCGUCGAUAAUGCGUAAAUUCGGAAAAUUUGGUCCACUAAUUGGCGCCAUCGAUGAAGGAACAUCGAACGUAAAAUUUAUGAUAUUCGCGGCAAACACAUCCGAAGUUUUAACAUAUCACCAAGUAUUAAUUAAGAGGUUCAGUCCUCAGGAAGGAUGGGUCGAACAAGAUGCUUUCGAAAUUCUUAGCGCUGUUAUCGAAUGCAUUGAGGUAACAACAGAUAACUUAAGAAAGCUUGAUAUCAACCCUGAGGAUGUGGUGGGAAUUGGAAUCACAAAUCAAAGAGAAACCACCAUAGCAUGGAACUCAGUAACAGGCCAUCCUCUCUACAGUGCCAUAGUUUGGUUAGACAUAAGAACUUCUAAAAUAGUAGAUGACUUGAUACAAAGCAAGGGAACACAAAGUGCAAACGCCGUAGCCCAAACCAGUGGUCUUCCAUUAUCAACAUACUUCUCUUCUGUGAAGUUGAAGUGGCUGCUUCAGAAUGUGACCGCUGUUAAGGAUGCUGUUGCUAGUGGAGAAUGCUUGGUGGGGACUGUUGAUUCUUGGUUGAUUUGGAACCUAACAGGUGGUAUACACGGUGGUGUACACGCAACAGAUGUUACCAACGCGUCAAGAACGCAAUUAAUGUCCCUAAGGAGCUUACAGUGGGACAAAUCGCUAUUGCGAUACUUUGAUAUACCUAAGCAGAUUUUACCAAAGAUUAAGAGUUCAGCUGAGAUUUACGGUUACAUCUCAUCUGGACCAUUGUUAGGAGUUCCUAUAGCUGGGUGUCUAGGAGACCAGCAAGCAGCACUAGUCGGACAAGGUUGUAUGAGAUUCGGCCAAGUCAAAUGUACAUUUGGCACUGGUUGCUUUCUUUUAUAUAAUACAGGUGAUUCAAUAGUACACUCACAAAAUGGGUUGCUUACCACUGUAGCGUAUAAACUGGGUCCGGAUGCGCCGCCGGUCUACGCGCUUGAAGGGUCCGUUGCUAUUGCAGGAGACACACUCCAAUGGCUACGUGACGGUUUCGAAAUACUGGACGACGUAGCCGACACCGAAUCACAGGCUGCGCAAGUGGACGAGGAGGAUGAGGGGAACAUAUGCUUCGUACCUGCAUUCAACGGGUUGUAUGCUCCAUAUUGGAGGAAAGAUGCAAGAGGUGUAAUGAUAGGCCUAAACAAUAGUACACGUCGCGAGCACAUCGUUCGCGCAGCACUCGAAGCGGUGUGUCAUCAAACGCGCGAAGUAGCGACAUCUAUGGCGGGAGACUGCGCGCCGCUGCGGCGGCUGCUGGCGGACGGCGGCAUGGCGCAAAACAGCCUUUUUAUACAGAUGCAGGCGGAUAUACUUGGUAUUCCUGUAAUACGCCCCUUGAUGACGGAAAGUACGGCCCUGGGGGUGGCGAUAGUGGCGGGCCGGGCACUGCGUGUUUGGCCCACCUCCACGCCCAGUCCGCCCGCCGAUACAUUCCUACCAGUCACCUCUAGUGAAGAACGAGAAAUCCGGCGCAUCCGAUGGGAAAAAGCACUAGAAAAGUGUGUAGGGUGGGUGACUGACGGAACUGAGAAAUGUGAGGUUCCGCCUUUAGUGGACGAACCAGACAGGACAGCAGCUGCGUUACCGCCCGGGCUCUUCUUCCUUGGCACUGCGCUCCUCGUGAUACUAGCUGAUAAAUUAAGAAGUCUCUAAACGGCCACUUAAUAAUGACCUCUGACUAUUAAAAGAAUACAGACCUUCUCUAUGAAUGAACGAAACAAACUUUACUGUUGAUUUUGGUAGACAAAAUUUGUUAUUCACACUUAUUUAACAUUCAUGUCGCUUCUUAACUAAAGGUUGAUAUUUUUUCUACUGGCG